AUGCUACAAACCAUUGGUCAAUUCAAUGGAAUGCCUAGUGAAGACCCUCACCUUCUCCUCAAAAAAUUUAUGGAUGUAGCAAACACUUUCAAAAUCACGGGAGUUACAUCUGAUGCUUUAAAGAUGAAGUUGUUCCCAUAUUCCCUCACCAACAAAGCUAAAGCAUGGUUGAAUUCUUUACAACCACAGUCAAUCCAAAGUUGGGAGGAGUUAGCGGACAAAUUUUUAUUGAAGUUCUUUCCUCCCAUGAAGGCAGCCCAAUAUAGGAAUGAUAUAUCAACCUUCAAACAAUUAAGCAUAUGCAAUACUAGAGAGGAUGGCAAUCAACAACUAUCAUGGCCUGUAGAAAGAUCAAGUUUAACACCAAAGAAGGCUACUGGAGUCUGGGAACUAGAUGUUGUCACAACACUGUCAACACGGAUUUCAGCUUUGAACAACUCUAUCAAGACGAUGAAUCUGUCUGCUAAAGCUAAAGCACAACCAGUCAAUGCCAUAACUGAUGCUAUAUCAUGUGUUUUCUGUAAUGGUCCCCAUGUUUAUGAUAACUGUCCACAAAACCCUCAAUCUAUUUGUUUCAUAGGACAACAUCAUAGACAGCAUCAAGGACAGCAGCAAAUGUCCUCAGAUACAGCAGGAAGAUCAUAUAAAGCUUCAUACCCUCCUGGAUUCACGCAGCAGCAUCAUCAACCUAGGCAGCAAGCUGAUACAUCAAUUUCGCUAGAAAGCAUGCUGAAAGAUUACAUGAUAAUGAGUGAUGCUAUAAUUUAUAAUCAAGCUGCAUCAAUCAAGAAUUUGGAGACUCAAGUAGGUCAAUUGGCAGAAGCACUUAGAAGCAGACCUCAAGGAACCUUGCCAAGCAAUACUGAAGUCCCAAAGAAAAAUGGAGAAGAACAAGUCAAUGCUAUAUCAUUGCGGAGUGGUAAAGCCAAAGCAUUGAAUCAGAAUGAAGAAGAUAAAGUUGCUGAAGAGGUGGAAAAUCAUGAUCAACCCAAAGAACCUCAAGUUGCUGACACUGAGAAUAUCGCUAUAGCAAAACCACAGCAAGGACAGACUGUCAGCAAAGCAACAAGACUACCACCUGCCUUUCCUCAAAGACUGCAGAAGCAAACUGAUGACAAGCAAUACAAGAAGUUCCUUGAUGUUCUAAAACAGUUGCAUAUUAAUGUACCCUUGGUUGAAGCUCUUGAGCAAAUGCCAAGUAAUGCAUUACUGGAUUUAGGCUCAAGUAUUAACCUUAUGCCUAAGAGUAUUUUCAGGAAGCUUGGAAUAGGAGAAGCACGUCCAACCACUGUUGCGUUGUUGAUGGCUGAUAGAUCAAUAACUUAUCCAAAAGGAAAAAUUGAAGAUGUGUUGGUAAGAGUGGAUAAGUUCAUUUUUCCCGCUGACUUUAUUGUUCUUGACUUUGAAGCAGAUAGGGAAGUUCCCAUCAUUUUGGGAAGAGCUUUCUUAGCCACUGGACGAGCAGUGAUUGAUGUUGAGAAAUGA